CAGAUCUGCUGUGGUUUACACAGAGCAGCUGCGAUCUUAUCGCCUUGGGACUGAGAGUUAUUGGAAGUGAGCAGUGAAGGAAGACGUCAGGUGUUCUUGGGCUGACUAACCUGGGCCAUCAGCAAAGCAGUGAAGGAGGAUUUUCUGUGAAGAACGGAAAUGUUUGACGCACCCUAUUCAUCGCAGUGGCCCCUGUUCCUUGGAAUUCUCAUCUCAGUCCACCUACAGGUGACAGAGAAUUUCUUCCGUGCCUCAAUGGUGAUGGUGGUGACCCCUGCAGCUGAUGGACUCAAUAAAACACUGGUGCACAAUGAGACCGAUACCUGGCUGAAGAGCCUCUUCCAUACUGACAUCGUCCUGCUGGACCUGAAAGUGACAGACCAACACAGGGACUCCAGGGUCCGAGGGAUAACCAGCAACUGUCUCAUGGUCCCACCGACACGUGCCUCAUCCCACAGGUAUGGGUGUGAGUUCUGGCUGCAAGCAACAUGCCCAGAAGAUGAAUCUUGGAUCAGGGCGGAGAUCGAAGCCCAACUGAAGAAUGCAAGUUAUGUUGGAGCAAUAAUGUCGCUGGAGGCUGAACCUGGAACCAUCCUCGUCCAUCACUUGGUGCCUGGCAAGUGUCCGCAACACCACUGCGGGACGUAUAUCUGGCCGUCCACGCUGCCCUUGGAGACAGCUCAGCUGCAUCGUGAAGGGUUCUCAGCUGCCCUCUGCCACAGGAAAUGUGAGCUGUGUGAAGCGACUGGUCUAGCUGUGUGCUUAGACCUGGAUAUGAUCGGCUGCCUCACCAUUCCCAGCAGCAUCUGUGAUCUCAAGUCUCUGCAGGUCACUGCCGAGAACAGAGGACAGGUGGCCACAUACAUUCUCCGGCUGACUGAGCAGGCGGAGAGCCUCUCGUACGAGCAGCUGCUGAUCAUCGUGGCCAAGAUUGUCGACAUCGUGGGAGAAGUGCAGCUCAGUGUGGAUCUGGGCAGCGAUAUCCUGCACAUCGUCAACAACCUGCUCGGCAAGGCGCAGAGCGUGGGCCCUCUCUCUGCCAGGAUCCUGAAGCUGAUCGAGAGAGUGGGGAAUCAGCUGGAGUUCCCAGGCAACCAGUUCAACAUCAGCACCAACACGGUGUCCCUCAACGUGGUCAACAUCACCCUGGUCCAGCUCUGGGACAUCGCCUUCGGGGUGCUGUCCUAUAUCCAUGGGUUCAUGCAACAGGUUUACCUGAACGAGACGACCCCAGAUAACCCUGUGGCAUUUAUUUCAUUGCCUGCCACACUGCAAACGGGUUGGUCGAUCACCAGAGUUCACAUUUCCCGGGUACAUUUCCAGUUUUAUGGAGAAACAUCACUCUUUAACGACACACAGCUCAGCGGGCAGGUCCUGAACAGUUACGUGGUGUCGUGCAGUGUCACAGGGGUCAGUGUGGAAAAUCUCAAGGACCCGGUUCGAGUGACCCUGCGCCACUUAAAACCCAAGCAGAGCGGUCAAAAGGUCACCUGUGUCUUCUGGGAUUUCCAGCAGCACUGGGGAGCCGGUGGGUGGAACACGUCCGGGUGCCAAGUUGCGAACACCGGUGUCCUGUUCACGAGCUGCUCCUGUGACCACCUUACUCACUUCGGCAUCCUACUGGAUAUCUCUGGACAAACACUGGAUCCCCUCAACAUGUGGGUCCUCACCAUCAUCACUUACGUUGGCUGCGGAGUUUCAUCCUUCUUCCUGGGGAUUAUUCUGGUGACCUACCUGACCUUUGGAGAUCUGCGUCAGGAUUACCCAUCCAGGAUCCUGGUUAACCUGUGUGCUUCGCUCUUCCUGCUGAACAUGGCCUUCCUGACAAACUCCUGGCUAUCCACGUUCCAGCAGCGGGCGGUGUGUGUGUCUGCGGCCGUAGCUCUCCACUACUUCACGCUGACCUCCUGUAGCUGGAUGUGUGUGGAGGCUGUGCACAUGUAUCUCGCCCUGGUCCGCGUCUUCAACAUCUACACCCCCCACUACAUCCUAAAGCUCUGCCUCAUUGGCUGGGGACUCCCAGCAACGGUUGUCAUCACUGUGCUGUCCGUCAACACCGUUUCCUAUGGCUACCAGGAGAUGAGAUCAGUGGGACCACUGGACAAGUUUUGCUGGUUACGGAACGGCCCUGCGUUUUACACCUCAGUUCUGAUGUACUGUGGCCUGGUGUUCCUGGUCAACCUGGCCCUGUCACUGGUAGUGCUGCGACACAUCUCGGCAACGUGCUUGGCUCAGCGAGGAAGUGGCUCCCAACAUCGUAUCCGGCAACACCUUCGAGCCACAGCUAGCCUCACCGUCCUGCUCGGCCUCAGCUGGGGCUUCGCCUUCUUUGCCUGGGGUCCUGCAAAACUCCCUUUCUCUUAUCUGUUCACCGUCCUCAACACACUGCAAGGGUUCUUCAUCUUCGUGUUCCACUGCCUGAUGAAGGAUAGCGUCCGCACUCAGUGGAGAAUUCACCUGUGCUGUGGUCGCCUGCAACUCACCCCGUAUUCUGCUUGGAGCAAGGCCAGCCUGGGAAUGUCUGUGAGGAACCAGCACGGGGACUCAUGGACUUACUCCAACAAGUCCCGCUCCACUGCCACCUUGUGCUCCGGAUCCAGGAAGAACCUGAUUCUGCCGCAGGACUUUGAAACUGGUUUUGAUUAUAGUAACCAGUGGAACGACCAGAAUAAUUCUUGGAGUGACCAGUGUAACCAGAACUUCAGUUGGACUGACCGGUAUAACCAGCGUACUGGUUGGAGUGACCAGUAUAACCAGUGCUCUGGUGGUGGAGACCAGUGGCGAUGGUCAGUGGGGUUAGACCUGACCCGUGGAUGGGGAUGGGAGAUGGGGGCUGACGUGCCAACUUGCCUUGGGCAGGUGAGGGGGGAGACCCAAGGGGGUGGCAACAAGAGCGGACGAGAGUUGACCCCACCCCGAAUAGGUGGGUGGGAGUCUGCCAUGCAGGCUGCGAUUGCCAGAGAAUGAGACCCUGGUUGACACCCCACCUGUGACUCAGGGCUGGGGAUUGAGG